AUGAGCGCAACCGAAAAUGGAGCUGGCGAUUCACCGGCGAAUGACAUGACUAGCAAGGAUUAUUACUUUGAUUCUUAUGCUCACUUUGGUAUUCACGAGGAGAUGCUGAAGGAUGAAGUCCGCACACUCACAUAUCGGAACUCUAUUUAUCACAACCGUCACCUUUUCAAGGACAAGAUUGUAAUGGACGUUGGAUCCGGAACUGGAAUAUUAUCCAUGUUCGCAGCUAAAUCAGGGGCUAAGAAAGUUUUCGCCAUGGAAUUUUCAAAUAUGGCCAAGACAUCUCGCCAAAUCAUCAAGGAUAAUCAUUUGGAUCAUAUUAUUGAAGUUGUUCAAGCCAAGGUCGAAGACGUCAACGAGCUUCCGGGUGGAGUCGAAAAGGUGGAUAUCAUCAUCUCCGAAUGGAUGGGAUAUUGUCUUCUUUAUGAGUCUAUGCUCAACACUGUCCUCUACGCCCGUGAUAAAUGGCUGAAGCCAGAUGGACUUCUGUUCCCGGAUAAGGCUCGAUUGUACGUCUGCGCUAUUGAAGACAGACAAUACAAAGAUGAUAAGAUUCACUGGUGGGAUUCCGUUUACGGAUUCAACAUGUCAGCAAUUCGCAAAGUUGCAAUUACUGAGCCUCUCGUGGACGUGGUUGAUAACUCACAAGUUGUUACAAACAACGCUUUGAUUAAAGAGAUCGAUCUUUAUACUGUCAAAAUUGAAGAUCUUACGUUCCAAUCAGAUUUUCAAUUGAAAUGCGGCCGAAAUGACUACGUUCAGGCGUUGGUGACUUUCUUCACCGUUGAAUUCUCCAAGUGUCACAAACGCACCGGUUUCUCAACUGGCCCAGAUGCUCAAUACACGCAUUGGAAACAAACCGUGUUCUAUCUAAUGGACGCCUUGACAGUGAAAAAAGGCGAGGAAAUCACUGGAACAUUUGCUGUCGCCCCAAACAAGAGAAAUCCAAGAGAUCUUGAUUUCAAAAUCAAAAUCAGCUUCCACGGACAAGUUUGCGAUUUGGAAGAGGACAACACUUACACCAUGCAUUAA